AUGAGUUAUACCCAAAGAGCUCUUCUCAAGACGCAUGAGACUGCCACCAGCCUUUCAUACGCUUCCAUGACACCGAAAGAAUCACAAGCAGGUGCCAUGUUCUGCUCCUCUUCUUUCGAGAAUCUCAAGGUCUUCAUUGCCAUGUGGAGUUUUGGCGUGGGCUGCAAGUGA